UUUGCUCUUCACAACCAUUCACACAAUCUAUCUACUAUUAUGGAUUCUGACUCAUCUAUUAUUACUGAUCCUGAAUCAUCUUUAGUUAUAGAUGAUUAUAAUGAAAUAUAUGAUGUGUUGCCCUCUCCAGAGUUAGAGACCAACUUUGACUAA